AUGGAUUUCCCUCGAAAUGAUGAAGGAAACGACGAGGUUGUUGAGGAAUGCAAUGUGGAUGAGGAAAUGGAAAGUUCAGAUGAAGUCGAUAUGCAGAAGGAUGGAUACGUCAAUUUGAGUGAUUUAUGUAGCACUGAGAUUAAGAGAAUGGAAUUUUUAAGUGUUGAGGAAUGUUAUAAAUUUUAUAAUAAAUAUGGCAAAAUUAAUGGGUUUAGUGUGAGGAAAAAUAAAGGGGGUAAAAGUAAGAAUGAAGAUGUUGUGUGGCAGCAAUUUGUUUGUUCAAGCCAAGGUUUUCGACGAGAAAUUUACAGAUGUAAUCUCAAUCGACUUUGGGAGCACAGAGCAAUUACUAGGUUUGGCUGUGAGGCAGAGAUGGAGAUACGUUUCGAUGUAUAUACAGGGUGCUGGGUAGUUUGUCGAUUCUUUGAUGAUCAUAAUCAUAAUUUAGUUGAUGAGAAUUAUUUUGGAAUGUUAAGGUCACAUCGCAAAAUGGAUGAUGGUGAUGUUGAACAGAUGCAUCGAAUGAGGAAAAGUGGUAUUCCGACCUGCAAAAUAUGA